AUGCCCUGCGUCCAGGCUCAGUAUGGCUCAUCCCCGCAGGGCGCCAGUCCCGCAUCUCAGAGCUACAGUUACCACGCCAGCGGAGAAUACAGCUGCGAUUUCCUCACACCCGAGUUUGUGAAGUUCAGUAUGGACUUGACCAAUACCGAGAUCACCGCCGCCACCACCUCCCUGCCCAGCUUCAGUACAUUCAUGGACAACUACAACACCAGUUACGACGUGAAGCCGCCCUGUCUGUAUCAGGUGUCCCACUCGGGAGAGCAGUCCUCCAUUAAGGUGGAGGAGGUCCAGAUGCACAGCUACCACCAGCAGAGCCAUCUGGGCCCACAAUCGGAAGAGAUGCUUGCUCACUCCGGUCCCGUGUACUUCAAACCGUCCUCACCUCACGCUCCGGGAACCCCGAACUUCCAGGUUCAGCCCAAUCACAUGUGGGAAGACCCGGGUUCCUUGCAUUCUUUCCAUCAGAACUAUAUGGCAACACACAUGCUGGACCAGCGCAAGAACCCCGUGUCCAGGCUUUCUCUCUUCUCCUUUAAGCAGUCUCCACCGGGUACACCAGUUUCCAGCUGUCAGAUGCGCUUCGACGGGCCUCUUCAUGUGUCCAUGGGCCACGACAGUCCCGGAGCGCACCGAGCCCUUGACGGCCAGAGUUUCGCUAUGCCCAGUGCCAUCAGGAAACAGGCGGGGAUCGCUUUCACCCACUCCCUGCAGCUAAGUCACGGGCAUCAGUUAAUGGACAGUCAGGUGCCCUCGCCGCAGUCAAGAGGAUCUCCGUCCACCGAGGGUCUGUGCGCGGUGUGUGGGGACAACGCGGCGUGUCAGCACUAUGGUGUCCGGACCUGUGAAGGAUGCAAAGGCUUCUUCAAGCGCACAGUACAGAAGAACGCCAAAUAUGUGUGUUUAGCUAAUAAAAACUGUCCUGUGGACAAGCGCCGUCGGAACAGAUGCCAGUACUGCCGAUUUCAGAAGUGCCUGGUGGUCGGGAUGGUGAAAGAAGUUGUCCGGACCGCCAGUUUAAAGGGUCGGAGAGGCCGUUUACCCUCCAAACCCAAAAGUCCACAGGAAUCUUCUCCACCUUCUCCACCCGUCAGUCUGAUCAGCGCUCUGGUCAGGGCUCAUGUGGACUCCAACCCCUCCAUGAGCAGCCUCGACUAUACCAGAUUCCAAGCCAACCCGGACUACCAGCUGAGCGGAGACGACACGGAGCACAUACAGCAGUUCUACGACCUCCUCACCGGAUCCAUGGAGAUCAUCCGCGGAUGGGCGGAAAAAAUUCCUGGGUUCACCGACCUUCCCAAACCGGACCAGGACCUUCUGUUCGAGUCUGGCUUCCUGGAGCUCUUUGUAUUGCGCCUGGCGUACAGGUCCAACCCGAUGGAAGGCAAGCUCAUCUUCUGUAACGGGGUGGUGUUGCACAGACUGCAGUGCGUGCGCGGAUUUGGAGAAUGGAUUGACUCCAUAGUGGAGUUCUCGUCUAAUCUUCAGAGCAUGAAUUUAGACAUAUCUGCUUUCUCGUGCAUUGCCGCCCUGGCUAUGGUCACAGAGAGACACGGGCUUAAAGAACCCAAGAGAGUGGAGGAGCUUCAAAACAAGAUAGUAAACUGUUUAAAAGAUCAAGUCACCUUUAAUGGCGGCGGCUUGAAUCAUCCAAACUAUCUGUCCAAACUGUUGGGAAAACUGCCUGAACUGCGCACGCUGUGCACACAGGGUCUUCAGCGCAUCUUCUAUCUAAAACUAGAAGAUCUGGUCCCACCGCCAGCAAUAAUUGACAAACUAUUUCUCGACACUCUGCCCUUUUAA